AUGAUGGCAGCACCCCCGCCAUACCGCAGCAGUCACUUUGACGAAGACAAGAUCAUAGGGUCGAGUGUAGAGUUGGAAUUGGAAGGGUCUCUUCGGAUAUCCUCUGCAUCGACAUCCACCGAUACAACUGCCCCUGUGACGGUAGUGGACGAUUAUGAAGAAGAGCAAGAAGCACAGCAGCAACAACAACAACAAGAAGCAAAGCAAAAUUCCUCAUCUGUUGCGUCAAAAGAAGAGAAAAACGAGGCCGAAAAUGGUAAAGAUUCCAAAAAAGCAUUAGAAGAAGAACGGAAAGAAACAACACUUGUUUCUUCCAUGACAAACGCAAAUACUACUAAUGGAGUCACUACCAAUGGAGCACUGAAGAAGCCACCACCAUCAUCAUCCUGUCAAUCAGCAGAACCAUCAUCAUCAUCAGUGGUGGAACUGAAGAAGCCUCCUCCUGAAGCAGCUCCUCCUGCUGCCGCUUCUUCUGACAAGCGAGACUCUUUGGAAUGGAACGGUGUAAAAGACACUUCUUCAUUAGAGCCUUCCAAUACAAAUAAUGGCUUUUCCUCCUCGCUGUCCGAUUUGGAGAUCAGUCCUCUGGCGCCACCCAAAGGAGGAGUAGUGGCGGUUGCCGCUCGAAAGCCGUCUCUGGUUGUGUCUCCCAGGUCAUCAUCACGGACAUCGCCCGUGCGAACCAGUGGCACCAGUCCUUCCGUCACGUUUGCCGCGUUGCCUCCUGGAAAAGCAUUCAUUCCCAAUCUAAAGCUUCCCAUGGACGACCUUUUGGACGAUGACACGGAUGACGAUGACGACGAUGAAAAACCCAAAGGAAAAGCUCGUCAACGACAAAGACAGCGUAGACAACAACAAGCGUUCCAAAGCAGUAGCAACAACAAUGAUGAUGAUGAUGACGACGAAAUGGACAAGAAACCCGCUGCCAAACCAACUCCAAAACCACGCUCUCCCACUACUACAACCACAACAAAUCUGGCACGGCCUCGUUCCAUCAGUCCUCAGAGUCGGGCUCGGUCGGCACCCGUCGAAGGAAGCGCCGCUGUCAUUCCAACACCACGAGGACGCGGAUUGCGAGGUCGAGCGGGACGAACGCCCCAAGAUCGCAAUGCACGACGACAACAGAUUCGAGAGCGGGCGUUUGAUGCCGGUUCGGGAGAAAUGAGUGUCAACAUCACCACUACUACCAAUACUACUAGUAGUACCAGUCGAGCCGCCAGUCCCCAUUCCAAUCGAUCUUCUACUGGUCCAUCUCCCAGUCAGAGUCCCUUUUCCACUCUCCCCGUCAUUGCGUCCAUGGAACCCGGUGCCAUGAUGGCGUGUCGCGUCAACAACAUCAUGUUGAACAAUAGCAAUUCUUCCUUGGGGUCGCGAUCGCCCAUGCGCGUCAAUAAUAACAAUAUGAACAAUAGCAAUUCUUCCAUUGGAUCAUCGGCGGCGGCGGCAACAAGAUCGCUUCCCGGUGACAAUCUGUUGGGACCGGCACCGGGAGAUGACAUGCCCCGCACCACCCGUCCGCGCAGUCGCGUCAUGCGACCUUUGGUAUCCAGUGACAUUUCCAAAUCGCAAAACUCCAAUCCAUCACCCGAAGCCUACGAAGCCGUGCCCUUGGCUGCAUCUGCUGCUGCCUCCGCCAAUACUACUCCUACAAAUCCCACGGAUGUGUCGGAUCAUUCACUCAAACAACGAUUGCGACGAGAGAAUCAAGACAACAUGCCGUCGUCCAUUCGACCGGGCGCGUACAAGGAAAUUCCUGGACGGGGAUUGGUACGAAACGAUACCUUGCGGUUUUCCAUCAUGACCACCAUUCAAAAACAAAAACAGAGUUUGAGGCGGUUGCUCGGAGGAAGCAGCAGCAAUAAUGUCGCUAGCACUGCUAGCCGACGGACCAUAUUUGGCUCGGCGAGUCGACGACAAUUGGACAGCAGCAACAAGAGCCACAACAACAACAACGAUCAUAGCAACAGUAUUCGUGAGGACGAGUUGGCCCAAGAAUAUGAAAGGCAACAACUGGCAUACAUGGGUGUCGUCAUGGAAACCAGCAUGCGCAGUGUCAAGAGCAUUCCUUCCGUAUUGGUCGAUGGCACCCACGAGGAUUCCCGCAGUUAUUUGGGAAAUGUCUCGAUGCGGUCCAUCAAUUCGGCCGGGGGACUCUCCGUGGCACGACCCGUAUUUGAACGAGAAGCAUCCACCAUGGAAGCACUCUGUAUCAUACCGGGGGAUUUGGCCGUCGCUGUGGCGCUAGAUGGACAAAUCAAGGAAGCGGAAAAGGGGGAUACGCAGCAUCGAUUGGAGGCAUUGACGACCAAGCGAAGCAACUUAUUAUUUCCCAAGGAUGCACCACCGUCGUCGUCGGAGAAUGAUCCACCACCGACUUUUUCGUGGAAACGCAACUCGGCGGCGAGCAAGGGGUCCAAAGCACGACGAUUUGUGGGAUCCUUUGCCAAGAAAAUGGUUACGAAACCAGCAAAAAUGCCAAAACUCAUUUUGAAAAAGGCACAAGCGAAUUUGAAUCCAUUGCGAUUAAUGAAAAAACGCAAAGGAAAGAAGGAAAAGCAGGACAACGAAGGAGGAUCGGAAGCGUUCUUUUCCCAAGACAAUAACCCUGAGAAACGGGAUGGCAGCAGCUUGCUUGGUGGUAGCGUUCAACGAAGGAAUUCGUGGUAA